AUGUUUUUUAAUGAAUUGUUACCCUUGUUAAAGGACAUGCUUCCCAAAGAAGGUAAUUUAAUGGCGAGGAGUACAUAUCAGGCAAAGAAAAUAUUGAAAGCAAUGGGUUCAGGGUACACAAAGAUACAUGCAUGUAUCAACAACUGCAUUCUUUAUUGGAACGAGUACAAGGAUGAAAAAGUGUGUCCUACUUGUAAAGCACCUAGAUGGAAAGUUAACAGGGAUGGUAAAGUUUACGAGAAUGUUCCAGCAAAGGUAUUGUGGUACUUCGACAUCAUCCCAAGAUUUCAGCGGUUGUUUCAAUGGAAGCCCACAACAGAAGAUUUGAUAUGGCACGAUACCACUAGAAACAAAGACGGUGUUUUACGUCAUUCGACAGACUCACAUGCUUGGAUAGAGAUAGAUAACAAUUUCCCAGAAAUUAAAGGUGAUCCAAGAAAUCUGCGGUUAGCUGUUUCGGCUGAUGGAGUUGAUGUAAACACAGAUGGUGCGCCAGGAAACAACAUCGAUGUCUUUUUAGAACCUCUUGUUAAAGAUUUUCAAUUCUUAUUUGAGAAGGGAAAGAGAACAUGGGAUGCAUAUUCCCAAGAAAUGUUUACUCUACGUGCAGUUGUUUUGUGGACGAUAAACGAUUAUCCUGCUCUUGGUACACUAUGUGGUUAUCGCUACGCUGGAUAUCAUGGUUGUGUGGUGUGUCUUAAAAAAACGCACAAUAUUAGGCUUCAUGACUCAAACAAGAAUGUUUAUGUUGGUUAUAGAAGAUUUUUACCCUAUGAGCAUCCGUUCAGAAGGCAGAAGGGGGCUUUUGGCGGAAAACAAGAGUGGCAGACUGCUCCAGAACCAAUGACCGGGGAAGAAAUAUAUGAGGAGGUAAAAUGUAUAAAGAAUUCAUGGGGAAAGAAGGGGAUGAAUACUCAAGGGGAAGACGUGCAGGCUACACCUGGAAAAGGUGGAAAAAUGAAGCGCAUCAGAAAAACGAAUACUCAAGGGGAAGACGUGCAGACUACACCUGAAAAAGAGUUACACCCUAAGACAGAUGACAAAGGAACGAUACUUCCCGCAGCAUGUUAUACAUUAACCACGGAAGAAAAAGACAUAUUCUUGGAGACACUAUCCGAGUUAAGAGUUCCAGAAGGGUAUUGUUCGAAUUUUUCCACCCUUGUGAACCUAAAAGAGCGUAAGCUGAUCGGACUCAAAUCACAUGAUUACCAUAUGCUUAUGCAACAAUUUUUGCCCGUCGUUAUUCGAUCAAUUAUGCCUACACCUGUGAGAUAUGCUAUUAUCAGGGAAGUGAAGUUAUGCGGUACGGUUUGCUUUCGAUGGAUGUAUCCUUUCGAAAGGUGUAUGAAGGUUAUAAAGGGACGAAACAAGAAUCAACCUUGUGGAUGCAUUGCCGAAGAGAAUGUUGCAGAAGAGAUGAUUGAGAUAUAUUGUGAGUACCAUAAAAGCAUCAGGAUAAUUGGUAUUCCACUAGAUAGGCAUAAUACAUCUCAGGAGGGAGAACCGUUAUCAGCUGAAGAGCCGUGUAUAGUUACCCCUGAACAGUUGAGACAAACACAUUUCUAUGUGAUAAAGAACACGCCUGAAAUUGAGCCUUACAUAGACCGACACAAGCUCUAUUUGGAAACUAACUAUUCUACUAAAAAGCGAGCAUGGCUGGAGAAAGAGCACUCUAACACUUUUGGCGCUUGGUUAAAAAAUGAGGUUGAUAAAGAGUUGGCAGACGACAGAAAAAGUAUCUCACAGAACUUAAGAUGGAUAUCACACGGCCCGCACUACGAGGUAACGAAAUACACUAUAUAUCGCAUCAAUGGAUAUCUAUUCCGCACAAGAUCCCGUGAUGGUAGAAUUCACCAGAAUAGUGGGGUUAGCGUUGCAGCAAAUGACAUGCACAUAUCUAGAGAUGAUGACGUUACAUAUGGUAAAGCCUCUUAA